AUGGAAAUUCCAGCUCUUGAUGAGGAAGAAAUGCAAAUGAUAUACAACUGGGUAGAUGAAAUCCCACUCUCAAGGCCUAAAAGAAAUAUUGCUAGAGAUUUCUCAGAUGGAGGUAAAAGUUUUACUCUAAUUAGACUUGCAAAUUCAUAUAUGAAUUAAUGCUCAUUGAUUAUUGAUUUCUUCUUAUUAGUGUUGGUGGCUGAAGUAGUGAAGCACUUUAUUCCCCAUCUCGUAGAAAUUCAUAAUUAUAGUGCUGCUCAUUCCGUAUCUCAAAAAACAUAUAACUGGAACACUCUGAAUCAAAAAGUUUUCAAGAAGUUAGGCUUUACAUUGUCAAAGAAAGACGUAGAAGACUCAGUUAAUUGUGUGCCUGAUACAGUUGAAAGAAUACUAAAAAUUAAAACGUAUCAGGAAAAGAAAUAGAAUAAAAUGGGAAGUGGAGGUAAUGCAAUACAAGAUAAUGAUUUAGGAUUUAACUCUCAUAAUCCUUUAGGCGCUCAAGGUUAUAGUGGUGCAAUGGGAGGUUUAAAUAAUCCAAUAAUCAAUAAAGAAAACAAUAAAUUUAUGAGUGGAGGUUUCAAUCAAUAGAACAACUUUUCAUAUCCACAGCAAAACUACCCAAUGUCAGCUGGAGGAGUUGGAAUGGGAGGAUUUGGUGGUGUAGAUCCUAGGUAAAAGGCCAUGCUCUAAAGUCAAGUUGAUAAUGAAAUCCUUAUGGAAAAAGAGUCAACAAUUCAAUAAAUGAAAGAGACAAUUGAGAUCUUAGAACUCAAAAUUAAGAAAUUAGAGCAGUUAGUCAAGCUGAAAGAUGCUAAAAUUUCUAAUCUGUCUAAUAAGCUUCAAACUGCAGGCAUUAUUCCAUGA